GAUUCAGAACAAAUUCAGUUACUUGGUGAAUUCCAUGAGAGUUUGGCCAGAAAAAUGAAACUGGUCUGUAACUUAUUCUUGUGUUUGUGUGCUGUGUCAGUGCAUGGGUUCUCCAUGUCUAUGAGGGAUGUGGGUAUUACAAGAGAUAUUCACAGUGUGGCUUCAUCGCUGAACGAUAUCUUCAAGGAAUCUUUUGAACUGAUGAUCGGCUCUCUUGGGAAACAUGGAGUUUAUUAUUUGUCCGAGUUUAGACAGGUAUUUAACUGUGGGAAAACGGGCGAAGAGAUGAAACAGUUUGACUUUCAUGCCUCCAACGGAUGGUUGAAGAAUCCCACAAUAAAAGCGGCAGAUGGGAUGGAUGCUGGAGCAUUACGAAAGUAUAAAGUUCCACUAGCACCUAACAUGCGUGAAAUCCUUCUUGUCUGUGUUGAGUGCUUAGAAGUAUCUGCUGAAUCAGUAAAUUUCUGCUACGAGGCAACUUUUGAUGGAAGGAAUGUCUCCGGGACCAUCACCAGUGGACCAGUUCUUUACAAGCUGAGUCUGCAGAUGAGGAUCACACAAACGCUCAAUGGAGGUGAGAACGAUGAUGUGCCACCAUGUAAGGUAACUCUUGGUGAAAGAAGCUUUGAACUCAGCGAACACAGCAACCUUGAGGCUGAAGUGAGGGGACUGCGCUCUUUCAACUUUGCCACAAACCUCAUCGACACUUGGCUCAGGGAACAUCUCAACACUACAAUAAGGGCGAACCUAGAAAAAAGGCUUCUCACAUCACUGGACAAGGUGAUGGCUAGACAUGAGGUCUGUGAGGAGUUUGUCACUGAGACUGUAGAGAGAUUAAAAGUAAUACACUCAACGUAGAUAAAAAUUAUAUCUCAACUCUUAUUACAUAUCUAAAUUUUAUUUUUGUACAUCCAGAAAAUCAUUUCAUAAAAAUUCCUAAUUUUAUGAUUUACAGAGUUUACAUAUUGAUAAAUACUGUUUUAUUUAAAUAUUUUAAACCACUAAAAAUCAAAGAAAUGUAAUGUUAAUAUUAACAUUGUUACCAAAAUUGUACUUAAAUUAGCACCAAAUGAUACAUACAGGGUGGCACAUAUGUCAGUUUUCCCAGAAGAGAAAUUUAAAGGUGUUAUAGGUUAAUUGCAUUUUAAGGCAAGAAUCAAAUUCAUUAUAUGAAAUUAAUUACAUAUUACCAUAAAAUGUUAUAGCAGUUGUUCAAAAUGUCCACCUUGAUUUUGUAUACACUUUAUACGACUGAGAACAGAAUCACAAAUUUUUAGCAAUAAAGGUUUAUCGUUAUUUACAAGUUCAAAUGCAUUUCUAAUUAGAUUUCUGAGUUUGUCAAGAUUUUGUGGUUUUGAAGCAUUCACAGUCUCUUUUAUAAUGCCCCACAGUGAAAAAUCAUAUGGAGUCAGGUCUGGCGAGCGCGCAGGCCAGUUGAUUGUACCAUGGCGACCAAUCCAUUCACUAAAUGUGUUAUUUAAAAAAUCUCUGUUAUUUAAACUUGGAUACCGAAAUGUGCUGGGGCACCAUCUUGUUGCCAGGUGAGGGAAUGAAUAUUGAAAACAGGAUUGUUUCUGAGCUCGGGAACUACUACUUCUUGCAGCAACCUUUAGUAACUUUCUGAGUUAACAUUUCCUUGAAGAAAAUAAGGACCAAUCAGUGCAGUACUCGAAAUACCUCCCCAUACCAUAACACCAGUCACAAUGAGUUCUGUUUGGAUUGCAAUAUGAGGAUUUACAUCUGCUGCUAUGUCGAUUAACAUGUCCAUUUAGUUUGAAACAUGUCUCAUCACACUACAAAACUGAUCGCAAGAAAUUUGGAUCAGCCGCUGAACGGAUAAUUAUUCCAAUCGCCUAUUGGAAUCAUCCUCGUGAAGCGCUUGGAGUAAAGAUGGACGGUAUGGCUUAAAUUUUAAUUGCUUUAACAUUUUUACACGCUUCUUCUUGAUAUUUCUAGUUUAGCAUAUGCCUUAUGAGUCGAUUUACCUUAAAUAGCUACAAAAACCUGAGCAACUGUCUGCAGGUUUUCUUCAUUGCAAAUUGAUCAAAGUGGACAACCACACUUCGGGGCAUUUAAAACGCUUCCUGUGUUUUCAAAUUUCUUAUUUAACUUCCGCAUAUAGUGUGGAGUGGGUAUCGCAAUACCUGGAUAUUUACCACUAAAUUCUUCAAAUAUUAUGGCAGUAUUUUUAUUAUGCUUCCACCACAACUGAAGGAUGUCAACCCAUUGUUAGGUUGUAAACAUUUUAAGGACACACACAAACAAAUAACAGAUGCAAAGAGCAUCACUUUACAAUAGCCACUGGAACAGACAACAAUGAACUUACUCUGUGUUGCUGCCAACUUAACAUUGUUACCAACCUAUCAAAACAAAAUACCACAAUUUAUGAGAAAACUGAUAUAUGCACCACCCUGUAUAGUUAAGCUGAAAUUGAGUCAACCAUAGAGAAAUGACCUUGAGUUUUAUUCUACAAGAACAAUCUAAACCUCAAAUAUGCCCUUAUUUUUGGUUGUAUAAUAAUUGUUGAAGAUGACUCAUUUUAAAGGCACGAGUAAUAAUCGUAAAUCCAAACACUAGUUUAUUGAUAUUUUUAUUUGUUAUUCAGAAAAAGUUUUUUUUAUAAACCCUAAUUCACAUUAUUUUAACAAUUAUUAUUUUAUUGCUUUAUUAAUAAAAUUAUAAAGAAAUAUAAUGUAGUGGUUUGAUAAAUAGUUGUAUUUAUUAAAUUAGUUUAUGUACAUUAUUUGAUUUUCUUCUGACUGUGUUCAUUCAGUUUAUUACCAUGAUCAUUUAAAAUUAAAAUAAUUUUGUAUAGUAAAAUAAAGAAUACUUUAUUUUAAAAUGUU